AUGCAUCGCAUCGCAGGCACUCUCGCCUUUGUCGUCAUCAUCGUGGUGCAGGCACAAUGUAAGACAUCUCCUUUAGACAUUGGCUUGCCGUCGACAGAUGAAUGGGCCGCCUUCAACCCCAUCACGUCUUCCUGCUAUCCGGGAAAUCCAUUCAAUUCUCCCGACUCUUGUGACGCCGUCGCGGCCAAUUGGAGUCUAGCCUCGUUCCAUGCGGCUUUGCCAGAAUCCUGCGGCUCUCCACUUUUUGUAAACAACUCGUGUUUACCGCCAGGCGUCGUUGGUUACAUGGAAAACCAAGGAUGUGAUAUCGGUGGUAUGCCACAAUAUGUCGCCUCGGACCGAAACAUUCGCAUCGUCAUCAAGGAUACUACCGGGAAUGUCCUCAUCACCGGCAGUGGCAACAACUAUGGGCGUAUCCUCGGAGCUGCAAUGAACGCCGGCAGAGUAGUCAUUAGUGGUAAUGAUCCCACCGUCGGCCCUGGAGGACAUAUCCAGGGCGGUGGCCACGGACCUCUGUCGAGCACAUACCGCCUCGCCGCCGAUCAGAUUUACCAGAUGCGAGUUGUUACCACGCAGGGGGAGAUCCCCGUCGCCGAUGCUACGCAGAAUCAAGACUUACUAUGGGCCGUUCGAGGCGGAGGGGCAGGUCAGUAUGGCGUUGUGACCGAGUCUACUAAAACUUAUCCUGCUCGAGCCGCCGUCAUUACAGCUAGUGUCGUAUUGUCACUUGUUGGGAAUGGCACAGCAGCCUUCAACGCUUCAUGGAAUGCUCUCGGAGCACUGGCAUCUGCUAUCCCAGGUCUUAUAGACGCCGGCGUGGGGGCGGGCACCAUCCAGGGAAUCGCAGCCAAAGGUGUGUCGAUAUCAAUGGGAUUCACCGUCUUCAAUACCACGGUAGAGGCGUUGAGAACAAUAGCUGCACCGGUCAUCGCUCUCAUGCAGACCCAAGCCCCUUACGAUAGCGCGUUCAGGGCGUUCUUGACUGAGCCGACCGAUAGGAUCACAUCCCCGAGCAAUACUGCCGGGCUUCCAUCCUUCAUGUCAACUCGACCGCUUGGUCAGGAGCAGAUAUCCGAUUUACCUAUCCCCGUAGUGAGAUCCUACUUUGAACGUGGCACACGCAAAGAAUCCGGUGGAAUUUAUGUCAUGGUUAUCGGGCUCCAGGGUGGGCCAGGCCCUAGAAACGUUGACCCGAGCAUGCGCGGCGCCCUGCUUCCGUCAUGGCGGACCACCUACCUCCACACCAUUGGUAUGGCCUCGGCUCUAUAUAUGACCCUCUCGCCACAAGAUACCCUAAACAAGGCGGCAAGGUGGGCCGAGGAGAAUUUCAAGGCCGUCUGGAGAGAAUGGGCGCCGAAUACCGGAUCUUACAUGAAUGAGGGCAACCCCAUGAAUUCUAACUUCAAGAAAGACUCUUACGGCUCAAGCUAUGAUCGCUUGUUUGAGAUCAAGCAGAAGUAUGAUCCCACCGAGAGCUUGUAUGUGUUGUCGGGUGUCGGAGUUAUGCUUGGAAGUACAACCUUAACACUGACCAGUUGUGUUGGAAGUGGCGAGUGA